GUCUCACUUUAACUUAUUGCACCAGUGCAUCAGUGCAGCUAAAAAGAACAGGCCAAGUAAAGAGGUGUCAAAUAACCUACAACGAAAGUUCGGUUGACGGCGCGCAGGGGUGACCGUACCGCACCGUCAUUUGGGCAUAGCAAACCUACGCGGACCCGAGCUCAUUCAAUGCGGACAAACACGUACACAUAAACAUAUACACAUACACUCAUCCAUAACUGACCCAUCUACAUAUAUACGACACAUACACAUACACACAUCUACAUAACAUUCAGUGUGGUAAAAUCAGCGAAAUUGUACGAGAGAAGGCCCAGUGUUACACGUGCCGUAUAUCUGAAGAAGAUCUGGCACAUUAAGCUCUCAAAACAAAAAAAAAAUUCGGUUGACGGCACGCAAAAUGGAUAUUCUAAAAGCGGAAAUAAUGAAAAAACGCAAGGAGCUAGAAGAAAGUCAUGUCUUAGAAGAUAACAAGAAGUAUUUCAAAAGAAGUCAGUUGAUAUCAAAGCAACAAGAAGUGCAAGAAGUUGACAAGGGAAACAAUGAAGCUGUUCCUUCAAACCUUAACCAACAAUCUGAAAAACACUUAACAGAUAGUAGUUCUGAACAUUUGCUGUCCAGACAAGAAGUAAUUAGACGAUUACGCGAGCGGGGAGAGCCCAUUUUGUUAUUUGGUGAAUCCGAGAUAGAAGCCUUUAAAAGAUUAAGGAAAUGUGAAAUCCUUGAACCAGAAAUGAACAAGGGAUUCAGAAAUGAUUUUCAAGAGGCUAUGGAGCAAGUAGAUCAGGCAUAUCUUAACGAGAUCCUGACCUCCUCCAAAUCUCAAAAUCUCGAUGGAAAGGGAGAUGUAAACGUCCCUAACGAGGGUGUCACUUAUGAAGACAUAGAGAAAAUGUCGACUAAACUCAACAAAGGGGAUAAAGAGUUCGAUAUGAACGUUAUUACCCUAUUUGUACAAUAUUUAGUUCAAAUUUGGGGUAAUCAGUUAAACAGCCGAUCAACUGCCGAAAAAAUGAGCACGAAAGGCAAAAUGAAUAGCGCCACAUAUGCUCAAACAAGAGAGUAUUUGAAACCACUUCUAAGAAAACUGAAGAACAAAUCGCUACCGGAAGAUAUAACUGACAGUUUAACGGAAAUAGUUAAACAUUUGUUGCAACGUAACUACAUAUUGGCUAGUGAUGCUUACCUGCAAAUGGCAAUAGGCAACUCUCCGUGGCCUAUUGGUGUAACUAUGGUCGGCAUCCACGCUCGUACUGGUAGAGAGAAAAUCUUCUCCAAAAAUGUUGCUCAUGUCAUGAAUGAUGAGACUCAGAGGAAGUACAUUCAAGCGCUUAAAAGAUUAAUGACUAAAUGUCAAGAAUAUUAUCCUACAGACCCUUCACGUUGCGUGGAGUAUUCAAAAAAUUAAAUUUCUAUUAAUUGAUAAGAUGUAUAAAGUGAAAUAAAGUACUAUAAUUUAAGUUUAUAACAUGUAAAUAUGAACAUAUAAUAAUGAUAUUAUUAUUGUCAUUAAAUAUAUAUCAAUAUUGUGAACUAAAUUUAUUACUAGUUUGUGUAACUUUUUUUUUAGGUAGUUAACAGAAUGAUAUAUUGUUUAUGAAUCAAUUGUGACAAAAACAAAUUUAAAAAACUACACUUUUAGAGAAUUGAAAAAACCAUGUAGUUUUUUAUAAAUGUCUAAUUUGCAGUGUUAAAAACAAUUUAAGAGGUGCAAGAAUUUUAACGUCUCUGAUAUAUUAGAUAAGUGGAAUGUCAUUUAAUUAAAAUUUAUACGACACUUUCGGUGGAAAUCAGUUAUAGCAAAUAAAUAGUAGGAAUAGAAAUUACACAACGGAAAUAUGUUCGAAGUUUUAUGUAUUUGUACAAUUUUUACGAUAAAAAAUUUUGAUAUCAAAAAUGGAAUCAGGAUUAUGUGAAAACAAAAAAUUUGUGGAUAAACUUUCGAAAACGACUCCGAUAUCUCCGAUUUUUUUGAAACUGUGUAUUCUUACGUAUGUUGGCGCGCUGAUUACGAAUAUGAUAGUGAAAAUUGGCGCAAAUUUGACGUUUAUGGCGGAAAUCAUAAAGAUCACAGUUUUUUUUAUUUAUUUCCGUAAAUAAUGGGAAUUUCAAAAAAAUACUUUUGAUAAAAGUUGUAGAUCUUAUCAAAAUACACAUUUUAUGUUCUAUUGAUUUUUGCCAUGAAAACAAUAGUUUUUAAGAAAAUCGGAGCUCUAUUAAGCUAGCAGGACCAAAUCAGCAAAACCAAAUCUGAUCUAUUGGAUUAUUUUGCACUUAUUUUGCACUAAUUUGCACCACUAAUAAAAAUUUGCACUCCGUGCCGUAUUGAAGUAAAUUGUGGUGCUGCUAGCUUAAUAUUCAACUAGCAGGACCAUAAGAAAAAAAGAGAGAGAGAGAGAGAGAGAGAGAGAGAAACGAAUACAGAAAUUUAAAGAGCUGAAUUUGCACUAAUUUGCACCAUCCAAAAAAA